GAUUGGGAUGAGGUACAAACGCCAUACACUAUUGCAAUUUGGCUACUACUAGCUGGCAUAGCGAAAAUGGUAUUUCACAUAUCGAAAUGGGUCGCAGAUACUUUUCCGGAUUCUUCGUUGCUCAUUGUUGUGGGCCUUUUGUUGGGUUUGCUUUUGAAGAUGUCAAAUGUCAGUGAUGCUAUAUUCAAUCUUGAAUCACAUGUUUUCUUUUUCUAUUUACUGCCACCAAUUAUUUUUGAUGCCGGUUACUUUAUGCCAAAUCGAGCUUUGUUUGAAAAUUUUGGUUCCAUCUUAGUUUUUGCUGUCAUUGGAACUAUAUGGAACUGCUUGGCCAUCGGUUCAUCGCUUUAUGGUUUUGGCUUACUGGAUGCGUUCUCAAUCAAAUUUUCAAUUUUCGAAAUUUUUCUUUUUUCUGCAUUGAUUAGUGCAGUCGAUCCUGUGGCGGUUAUUGCAGUUUUUGAAGAGAUUCACGUCAAUGAAAUGCUUUUUAUUACUGUUUUUGGUGAAGCGUUGUUCAAUGAUGGUAUUACUGUGGUUUUGUACCGAAUGUUUCGGAAAUUCGUAAUGAUUGGAGCAGAUAAAUUGAUUAUGAUUGAUUACGUCGCUGGUUGCGUAAGCUUUUUUGUGAUCGGUCUGGGAGGCACGGCAAUUGGUCUUUUUUAUGCUUUUGUUGUUAGUUUCAUCACUAAAUAUACAGAUAAAGUUAAAAUACUCAAUCCAAUUUUCAUAUUUUUAAUUCCCUAUCUGGCAUAUUUAACUGGCGAAAUGUUCGGUCUUUCAUCGAUUUUAGCAAUUGUUGCUUGUGGUAUGGCCAUGAAGCAGUAUGUCAAAGGUAAUAUCACUACCACAGCUGCAACAUCCGUCAAAUAUUUCACAAAAAUGCUAGCACAAAUCUGCGAAACGGUGAUAUUCAUGUUUCUUGGCUUAUCCACCAUUUCUAGCAAGCAUCACUGGGAUUUACCGUUCAUCGCACUAACUAUUGUUUUCUGCUUGGUUUAUCGUACUAUUGGUGUGAUAGCACAGUGUGCCAUUUUGAAUCGUUUUCGGAAACAAAGGUUCAGUCGAGUUGAUCAAUUUGUUUUGUGUUACGGCGGACUUCGAGGAGCAAUUGCUUUUGGUUUGGUUGUUUCUAUGCCCAAUAAUAUUCAUGCUAAAAGUAUGUUUACCACAGCCUGUAUUGCGGUUAUUUACUUCACUGUUUUUCUACAGGGCAUAACCAUUCGACCUUUGACAUCAUAUUUGAAUAUCGAGCGGAGAGCCAAAGAGGGUCCCACUAUGAUACAAAGUGUUUAUAUGAAGGUGAUUUCACUGCAUUCACGAUUUUUGUUAAACUUUGAGCGUUUGAAUGCCGCUGUUCUUCGGCCACUGCUGAUGCGUAAUCAGAAACCACAUCGAUUUGACGCAUCAAAAAUUGUCAGAGCUUACACAAAGAUAACUUUAAAAGAAGCUUUGGAAAUGGCCAGUGGUAUUAAGCCUAAUAUUCGCAUACCUCCGUCGAAUGAGAACACAGAAGCACUUUAUCGUAUGUUCAGUGAAUUGUUGGAUCGCAAACUUCGAGAGAUGAGAAGAGAGAAAACUGAAGAUAAUGGCGAUGACAUCAAGGAAGAUUAUAUGGAAGAAUUCAUCAGACCUAAUGAGAUCAGCGUUUCCAACAUUGAUAUUGGCAGCGUAUGUUGCUACAUAACUUUAAUAUAA